AGUGCUAUAUAAUCCGUAUGACGUCACUGAUGAUUGAUCCUAAUGCUUGGUCCCAAAAUCGCAGCAGUUCGGCACAGUUGCAUCAUAGUAUUCAUACUACAUUAGCACACUUGGUAGUGCUGAAGUAUGGGAUUUGGACGUAGCCUAAAGCGACCCAGAAGCUGUUCGUGAUAUGUUUUUAUAGCGUGUAGUCUAGUCUAGUCUAGAAGAUAAAGAUGGUGGACUCCCAUUUCCACGUUCAACUGACAGCAGUGCUGGAUGUUCUAAUGAAAACGGCGGUGUCAGACAUCUGUGCGCUGGCGGAGAGCUGGUUUAAAUCCCUGCACAUGGAAAUAGCGAGGAGCAAAAAGGAGAACGAAGAUCUGAGACAAAAGCUGCAGAGUAUGGAACAGCAAAAACACCGAGAUGCAGCUGACACAGAGCUGGAGAGUAAAGCGACCAAAGAGGAGAAAGAGGACACUGGCAGUGAAGUGAGAGAUACAGACGAUUCUGGCUGCACAGUAUUUGCAGGAACCUCUGCAGAAGAUCUAGCUGCCAGUGCACAAAUAUGGCCUUCUUCUUCUGAGGAAGAACAGAGAAAGAAGACCACGUUUUGUCACAUUUGUGUUAAAGAAGUGGGAUGCCUCAAAAGACAUCUGGAGUGGCAUGACCAAAAAUUCAAAUGCCAUAUUUGUCACAAGAUGUUUCAUAAUAAAGUUGUCUUGUCAAGACACCUUAACAUGCACACUGGCAAUACGCAUGCUUGUGAUGUGUGCAGGAAGACUUUUGGAAGUAAAAGUGGUCUGUUAAAACACAUAAGUCACCACAAAAGAGUCUUGGAAAAGUGCAAGGACUGUGACCAGGAGUUUCCUACUAAACAAACCUUGUAUUCACACAGAGAAAAGACGCACACAGCACCAAAACAGUGUCCUUUUUGUCAGCUCACCUUCUCCCGUAACAGCAACCUUAAGAAGCACUUACAGAGGCAUAGAGCUGACCAUAUUUAACCAAAUCUCUUAUUCAUUCUCUAUAGACUGUUAAGUAACAUUUGUAACUUUUUGAAAGUAAUUUUUCAAUAAACAGCCUGGCAAAUAACACUGAAUUGUUGUUUAGCCUUCUGUUACAAUAAUUUAUUUAUUUUUUUUAAUUUAUAAAAUGCUGAAAGCUGCUGUAGCACUGGAUCUACACAUGAUCUGUUAAGGUUUCUGAUUUGUCCUUAAACAUAAUUUUCUGAUGCUCUGUACCUUUGAGAAUGAUCAGAAAUUGCCCACAUUGUAUUAGGGUAUGCAUAAGAAGGUAUGACGUCUUUCUGUGUUCCAAACUAAAUGAGCCUAGAAAAAUGUGUUUAGAGGAAUGAUAAUAUGGAUAAUACACUAUCUCAGAUUAUAUUUAAGUGAUGGGUUUAUUUAGGGUAUCAUGUAUAUAGUAUUUUUUUUUUUUUUUAGUAUUAUUUGAAAUCUUAACAAAGGAGACAUGGAGCCUCUUCUCCCUAUUUAAAUUUAAGGUGUUUUAUUUAAGGCUGUUUUGUAAGAUGUGGUAUUCUGAACCAAAUCUGAAAUUUAUAGCAUAAGCCUAUUUAUGUUAUGAAGUCAAAACUCAAGUGGGGAAACAUCUUUUAAAUUUAUAUCUUUUAUAUCUUUUAAAUUCUUUAGAAAUAACAAGUGACAUAUUUGUUGUAAUUAUAAUGUAAAGGUGGAAAGCCAAAAAAAAUCGGUAAAAAAUUAGUUCUGUCAAAGAGAUACACGAAAAUGCAUGUUUAUCUUAGCAAUUAAAAUUACCUCCUGCAAAGAUGUUAAUGUGGUCAUAGGAAUAACCAGAAAGUAAUUGGUUCUUAGGAAGCUACUAUAUAUCUGACUAACUUUGGCUUACAAUACAGUGAGACCACAGCAUGUAGUGCCAAAAAUAAAGAAAAAAACUGAAUAUAUAUUUCAAGAGAUCCUUAAAAUCUAAAAAGAGCUUUUGUUUUCUGUGCUGGGAAUUCUGGGAAAAUCUCAGAUUAUUGUCAGUUCCAAUAUCCACAACAUGAGCAAAAUGUGUUGAUCCCAUUCUUACACAAGUGUGUUGCGCCAACAUUUGCUAUACUUUUGGUGAAAUGUUGAUAUGGCAGUCAUUUAUUAAUUGAUUGUGUUUGUCCUGCAGACUCUAAGAAAAGAAAUGGUUCAGUGACUGAAUCUGCACCAGCCAAAAGAGCACACUCGGGUCAUGGGGGAACUUGGAGCCUAUCCCAGGGAGCAUCGGGCACGAGGCGGGAGAUGGAACCAUACACCAGUAGGCACAAAAGCUGACCGAUCUGUUAGGGAAAUAGUAGAACAAAAGCUAGAUGAGAUAAACAGUCGACAUUAUGCGUUCAGUAGUGAACUCAAUACUGAAUCAGAGAAGUCUGAACCUGCUCUCCAAACCUCAGAGCGCAUCAUGGAGGUUGGCUCACACUGUGAAAAUGAGAGUGAAGAGUGUGUGUUGCUGGAUGAAGUGUGCAAGACUGAGAGUCCUCAACACUUGAGAGAAGUAGACCAGCAGUUUGACGUCUUCUGCUUAUGGACACCUGACCUAGAGCCGAAUUCCACACAUCUGCUUAGGGAAAAUCAGCCAACUUUCACAAAUUCAGACUGCAGAAUGACUUUAAAUUUGGGCAAAGAUUUCAAUUUAGCAGUGGCAGGCAAAAAUGCAAAACAUCUGGAUUUUUCUAGGAAAACCUCGGUUUCUCUACCGUGUGAGAAAGGGAGUACAUUUACUUGUAAUAUCUGUGGGAAAAAUCUUUCAACAAAACAUUCACUUGCUUCCCACUACAGACUGCACACUGGAGAGAAGCUGUUCAUGUGUGCUCAGUGUGGAAAGAGUUUCGCCAAGAAAUUUAACCUAGCUAUCCACUACAACAUCCACACAGGUGCAAAACCCUAUACGUGCACACUCUGCUCAAAGUCAUUCGCUGAUCCGAGUACUUUUAGACGACACAAGUGGAUACACACGCGCAGAUCACAACAAAACGCCUGUAACACUAAAUACAAAUUUAGUUGUAACACACGUGGGAAAUGUUUUCAGUCAAAACCAUCACUUGCUGCACAUUCUCGAAUGCACACUGCAGAGAAGCGACACGGUGUACAAAAGGUUUUGUUCUAAUGUUCUAAGAGACUUUUUAAAGGCAAAAAAAAUGUUUAUUAACUUAACAUGUGAAACACAAGUGUGAGUUCAUAUUGUAAAAGUACACAACCUGCUUGUUCAUAAGUCCCUACUCUAAUUAUGUUGGUUUGACAAAGCCAACAUUGUUUUGCUUAUUAUUAUUAUUAUUAUUAUUAUUAUUAUUACUACGAGACCCAACAUUUCUAAAUGCUACUCCUCUUAGAGCGUUCAAGCUACAUGCACCAAACUCGCUACAGACCUUCAGUCUGUUCUGACUUAAUAGGACUCUCUCUCUCUCUCCCCAUAUUUCAUUCUGUCAGUCUACCUGCAUCAUUCUCACUCCUUCUGUCUUUCUACUAACACUCUCUCUUCCAAUCUAUCUACUUGUCACUCUCUCACACCAUCUGACUUUCUACUUGUCACACUCUUUGUCAUCUACCUUUCUACCAGUAACUGUCUGUCUGCUAGCCUUUCUUUCUUCCUUCCUGUCUUUCAACUUCAAAAAGUAUCUUCAAGCUUAUGAACCAUUUUCAGAGUUUCAGACUGGCUUUGUCAAGCCAACAUCAAAAUUUGUCAUGACAAACUUUACCGAUGUAGUUGUACAGAUUGCUGUUGACUCUGCAUUUGUUUAUUUUAGAAGCAUUUUAUUUUCUAAAAGCAUUUUUUUAGUUUUCUUUACAUGUAUCAACAUGUUGAUAUAUAAACUUGGAAGUCACUGAUGCAGGAAUAUUGGACAUGAGCUACUCUUUAAUAUCCAAUACAAAUAAUUAUACAUUUAAUUAACUGUAGAUUCAUAUGUGUAUGUUUUUUUAAAUACAGUCUGAUAUAGCGAUGAUAAUAAAAAUUUUAUGCAGCUCA